AUGGUGGGGCAUGGAGCCACUGAAGGCAAGGACCAUGGGAAAUCCCAGGAAGGACCUCUAGUACUGGCCAGGGUGACCACCUCCAUCCCACCACCUGCUAGCGCCAUUGCCAUUGCCAUCGCCAUCGCCAUCGCCAUUGCUGUAGGAGUGCCAGGAGAGCUGGGGCGGCUUGGUGAGCACAUUGCCUCCGCUCCGCUUGGGGACAAGUGCUGUGCCAGGAAGCUCGUCUCUGUCUCCCUGCCCGACUGCCCGUGCAGCGGUGGGGGCUCCAAGCUGCGCUUCAAGAGCACUUAUCAAGUUUCAGGACCCAGAAGGGCGUGCGGGUACCGGAGUCUUCCUCGGAGGUUUACCGUGGACCCCUGGCACCCCCACUCGCGACGCACCCCCACCAGCUACCUGCGCGGGCUCCCCGCUAAGCCCUCCGGUGUUGACCCCUCCGGCAAGUCGCCGGAGCCGUCGGCCGACGAGUCGCCCGACAACGAGAAGGAGGCGUCGGGCGGCGGGGACGCGGGGAAGAAGAGGAAGAGGAGGGUGCUCUUCUCCAAGGCGCAGACCUACGAGCUGGAGCGGCGGUUCCGGCAGCAGCGGUACCUGUCGGCGCCGGAGCGGGAGCACCUGGCCAGCCUGAUCCGCCUCACCCCCACCCAGGUGAAGAUCUGGUUCCAGAACCAUCGCUACAAGAUGAAGCGCCAGGCCAGGGCCGUGCCGGUCUUAGUCAGGGACGGCAAGCCCUGCCACACGCUCAAAGCUCAGGACUUGGCAGCCGCGACUUUCCAGACGGGAAUCCCCUUCUCCGCCUAUAGCGCCCAGUCUCUACAGCAUAUGCAAUACAACGCCCAGUACAGCGCUACCAGCAACCCCCAGUACCCCACAGCACACCAUUUGGUACAAGCUCAGCAAUGGACUUGGUGA